AACUUUGAACAAUACACUGCUGUCUACUGCUAGUAUUUGAACAAUAAAUUCUCCGUCCAUGAGCAAGAUUUGUUGCAAAGUAGUUACCCAGAUCAACCAAACACUCCGACCAGCAACCUUAAUAUCCGAAAUUCAAUCACUUUUAAACUUAAAAAACCUAGACAGUGCUGUCAAUCUUGCACUUUCUCACCCAGUUCAGUUCCAUCAUCCUCCUUAUGUGAAACUUUUGCAUCUUUGCAUUGACAAACAAGCUUAUGAUCAAGCCCGAUUGGUGCACAGACAUCUUUAUGCAUAUGGGUUUCAUUCAAAUUUGCAUAUAAACACCAAGUUGCUGAUCUUAUAUUCUAAAGCUGGUGACAUGAAAAGCGCCCGCCACGUGUUCGACGAAAUGCGUGAGAGAAGUGUGGUUUCUUGGACUGCGUUGUUAUCUGGGUAUGCUCGGAACGGUUAUGAUGGCGAAGCGCUGGAAGUGUUUGUUGGUAUGCGCCGGGCGGGUGUUAAGGCUAAUCAAUUCAGUUAUGCGAGCGCUUUGAGUGCGUGUACGAGGUUGGUGUUUUUAAGUUGUGGGUUGCAGAUACAAGGUUGUGUUUACAAGGGUAGAUUUGUUUAUGAUUCUUUUGUGCAAUGUGCAUUGAUUGAAUUGCAUUCGAAGUGUGGUAAGAUUGAGGAUGCUUGUAGCAUCUUUGAUAUGAUGUUGGUUAAAGACAUGGUUUGUUGGAAUUCGAUGAUUGGCGGGUUUGCUAAUCGAGGGUAUAGCAAUGAUGCCAUUACAAUGUUCCGUUUGAUGUUUCGUGAUGGUAUGACUCCUGAUAACUUCACUUUGGCAAGUGUUCUCAUGGCUUGCGCUCGAAGUAAAGAUCUUGUACAUGUCUUGCAGCUACACGGGUUUGUUUUAAAAUUGGGUUUCGGGUCAUAUAACAGUUUAAACGGGUCACUUAUUAACGCAUACGUAAAAAGCCGAAGCGUGAGAAGUGCAUACCAAAUAUACAAAAGUAUGACUAAAAAAGAUCCGAUAUCCUGCACUGCGUUAAUAUCCGGAUACGUUCAUGAAUGUAGUAAUACCAUGGAUGCCAUGCAUCUUUUCAUCGAAUUGCAUCAAGCACUCAUGAAUAUUGACAGCGUAAUCUUAUGCUCAAUGAUCAACAUUUGUGCCAACACAACAUCAUUAAUCCUAGGAAAACAAAUACACGCUCUUUCCUUAAAACGUUUGGCCUACCAUGAUGUACCCAUGAGCAAUGCUCUUAUCGACAUGUACUCGAAAUGCGGUGAAAUCAUAGACGCACGCCACGUGUUUGAUAAAAUGAAGGAGAAAAAUAUCAUCUCAUGGACAUCGUUAAUUGCUGGAUACGGGAAACACGGGUACGGGAAUAAAGCAAUCUCGCUUUACAAACAAAUGGUGGAUGAAGGAUUGGAACCGAACAGUAUUACAUUCUUGUCGCUCUUAUUUUCAUGCAGCCACAGUGGCUUGACUGCAGAAGGUAGAUUAUUAUUUAACAGUAUGAUUAAUAAAUAUAAUAUAAUGCCUCGAGAAAAGCAUUAUUCGUGUAUGGUUGAUUUAUUGGCACGCGGAGGUGAGAUAGAAGAAGCGUAUACUUUAGUACAAAACAUGCACGUGAAGCCAAACGCGUCGGUUUGGGGUGCAAUUCUUGGGGCGUGUAGUGUACAUGACAAUGUUGCAAUAGGAAAAGUUGCAGCCGGACAUCUCUUUGAUUUGGACCCUCGGAAAUCGGUCAACUAUGUGGUUCUGGCUGGUAUUUAUGCAGCGGCUGGCUUGUGGGAUGGUGCUUGGGACACAAGAAAGUUGAUGGAAGUUGAGAAGUUACAGAAGAAGCAAUCUGGAUGCAGUUUUUUUCAGUCAACAAGCAAGAGGCUUUUGCUUUCGUAAACGAAGAUAAAGUUGUUAGUAUCUCAGAUUUCGUUCUGUGGCCUACGGGCAACAAAUUUAACGGUUUCAAGGCACCAACAAAUAUCAAGUUCUUGAUGAUGCUGAUCAGUUACUAAAGUGGACUGUGUGUGGAUUCUGGGCUAAUAUGGCCAAAGUGAAAUGAGUUAUUAAAAGGGUUAAAUAUGAGAAGGAUAAAAAUAAAAUAACUCACUAAUGCCCAAUUCUGGAUCUUGUUUAUGUUGCUUUCCAGCUUCAGGAUGGUGGUUGGAUCAGGAUGAAGGCCUUGUGGGUGGCCAAGCAGGUUCCACAACUGCACAUGUCGGAUGCAUUUGCUGAUUGCUAAAAUCCAACUCUUACGUAGGGGGCUCUAUUGUUGCUUCUGGAAUGAAGCUGCUUGAAACUGGCCUUUUUCUAGUACGGGUCAAAAUGGGUCGCGCUAGGCCAGGUUGGGUUUAUGCAUAGUUUGUAAAGAAAUAAUGCGUUAAUUAUGGAUGGGUCAGUUUUGAUCUAACAGUGCAUAAUCCUGUGGUCUUCACGGAAACUUGCUAGCGUCAAGACUCAAGAUUCUUUAUUAUCUUGAUUUCACUCUUCUAUAUACGUAGUAUUUGAUUUGUUGGUCA